AGGGGAAAAUUAAUCUGGCAACGUUACUAGUGAACUAACGGCAUCCGGUAAUCGGCUUAGGAAGCACGAAGGUCGAGGAUAAGUUAAAUUAAAUUUUCGAUUUAAAAUGGCCCCUCCUCAAAGUAAACCAAUGAAGUAUCCUUAUACAUUUUCAGCAAAAUUGGCUCAAUUUCCUUACAUGUGGCAUCUAAAAAAUCAAUGGUGGAUGAGAUAUUUAUGUUAUGCCUUUGUAGCAAGUUAUCCUCUCUUUCUUUACAUCCAUAAGAAAGUAAAUUCUCCUGAGGCAGUAGCAGCUUGGGAAGAAAAACAAAGACAGAUUGCUGCUAGAGAACAUCAUUAACCAAGUAUUUAAAGUUAAUGAGAAUAUUGACAUAGAAUAAAUUGAAGAAAUAGGAUUUAAAAUGUUAGAUAAUGUAUAAAUCUUCCAAAUAAAGUUAAGAUGAUAUUUGGAUAA